AUGAAUUUUGAACCAAUCAAGGUUACAGUAGGUGAAAAUCGUUAUGGAAAAGAAGGUAUACGUUUGAUUAAAGUCAAUCGUUCAUCGGAACAACAUAAAUUUAGUGAAUGGACCGUUCGUGUGUUGUUGGAAGGCGACUUUGACAGUAGUUAUGAAGAAGGGGAUAAUAGUAAAAUAUUGCCAACGGAUACGAUGAAAAACACCGUUUAUUCAUUAGCUAGACGUUUACAAACCGAGUCAAUGGAAGAUUUUGGUAAAGAAUUAGUCAAUUUUUUACAUGAGCGUAAUCCACAAGUAUCAACAAUCGAAGUAAAGAUUUCCGGAAAAGCUUGGGAACCUAUUCGAGUUAAUCAAACAACAUAUCCGACAGCCUUCGUGCAAACAAGUAACGAAAUACAAUUGACAACUGUUAAAAGAGCAAAAACGGGUCCAUUUUCAAUUGUAUCAGGUCUGGAUAAUUUGUUGGUAAUAAAAACAGCCAAAUCAAGUUUUACCGGCUAUAUGAAAGAUUCAUUAACAACGUUACCAGAAGCAGAUGAUCGUUUAUUUGGAACAUCAAUUCGUGCUCUAUGGACCUAUGAUCAAAAUGAUGGACGUGUUCUCUAUGAACGAUUACGACAAAAAAUUCGUAAUACCAUACUUGAAGUAUUUUCAAAACAUGAAAGUAAAUCGGUUCAACGUAAGUCUAGUCUACUGUAUGAACAAAAUAAAAAUAAAAACUACACGCCUUUGUUAUUUAUAGAUACGUUACAUGCAAUAGGAAAAACUAUUUUGGAAGAUAUAUCCAAUAAUGUUAUACAAAUCCAUACAACAAUGCCAAAUAUCCAUUGUCUACUGUUUGAUUUAUCACGUUUUGGACAAGACAAUCCAAAUGAAAUAUUUUAUCCAAUCGACGAUCCACAUGGACUUAUUCAAUGUUGUUUGAAACGACAGUCAAAUACAUCGUCAUCACGUCAGUCUUCUAAAGUUCUACAAUCAAAACUAUAA